CAAGAGGCACAAGGCGAAGACGACCUCAUCAAAAACAAACCGAAACUCUUGACCGAUGAUGUCAUCAACGCAUGGUGUCAGAUGGUCAAAGAAGACAAUAACCAGUCAGCCCUCAUUAGUCUGUUAAAUGCUUACCGUGCAGCUUGUCACUAUGGAACCGAAUCCAUCGGCCAUACGAUUGAAAACAGUCAAUCCUUUUGCAAUGUCCUGCUUUUCACGCUCUCCAAUGCAGAUGAUGUAUUUCGAGGCCUACUACAGAUGUCAUCUUCGAAGAGCAAAAAAGAGACGCUAACCGAACUGAAAAAAACCCCGAAAUGGAAAUGUUUGAAACCGCUAGUCAAGUCUUUUCUGAGAAGUACGUUGUUUCUGUUGAAUCAGGUUACUGACUCGGAGAUUUUGACUUUUGCAAUGACGAGGCUCAGAGCAUCUUUGACUUUCUUCGACGCCUUCCCAUCACUAGUACAGCCACUAAUUAAGGCAGCUGUGCAUUUGUGGGCGACAGGUGGACCGAUAUUAUCAUCAGCUUCGUUUCUCGUCAUAAGGGAUUUUGCUACUAUGUUUGGUUCCAAAUACUACGACACCUGCCUAUCAAAAACCUUUGUCGCCUUUAUUUCCCGGUCUAGGGUUACAGAAAUUGCCGACAUCAAACAUAUGCAGUUUUUGAGGGACUGCGUCGUCGAGUUAUUCUCUGUAAACGUGAAGAAAUCAUCUCUCAAAUCUGUCGAUUCCAUGACUCGAUUUUCAAAGAUACUGAUCUGCGGCUUCCAAACAAAGAAGAAGGAAGCUAUUAAAAAGAUAUGCAGUUGGGAAUACAUUAACUGCAUCGAUCUGUGGGUUAGGUUCAUAUCAGCAAACAUACGCGACCACGAUAAUAAAGAUCUUCAGUAUUUGUUCUUUAUGACUAUUCAACUUAUCGUUGGUCUCGCUAAUAUGUUUUCUGGUCCAAGAUAUUUCCCUUUACGACUCAAGUGCAUUGAGUGGCUCAAUAGUCUUUCAAUUUCCAGUGGAGAUUAUAUUCCACUCGCUCCGUUAGUGCUCGAUGUUUUGGAGUAUAAAGUUGUCAAGGAGGGGAAAAGAGCUCAAAAUUCCUUCACUAUUGGAUCGGUCUUGAAGUUGCCCAAACAAUAUCUAAAAUCUAGAAUCUUCCAAGACGUAUGCUUUCAGUCGGCCGUUGAGCAGCUGUGCCUGCACUUUGCUCAGUGGAGCUACCAUAUUUCAUUUCCCGACCUAGCUACUAUUCCGCUAAUCCGAUUGAGAAAGAUUCACGAGGCCACAACUAUAGAAAACUUGCGUCGUAUGCUGAAGCGUUUGAUUGAUCAGGUGGAGCAGAAUGUUGACUUUGUGCAGAGAAAAAGAGACGAGGUUUCUUUCUCCCCACAUGAACACGAAUCUGCAGAUUCUUUUCUUCAGCUCGAGAAGUCCAGUACCAAUGCUUCAUUUACUCAAUAUUACAAAAGUAUCCUGGACAAAGCUGCUGAAAGGAAAUUGCAGAAAUGUGGAGAUAUAAGUUUGCCAGAACAACGAAAUUUGAAGAGAAAUAGAGUAGAGCCAAAAAGAAAACCUGUUGGUGCAGAGGAUCACCAAAAUGGAGUCGCGGUUGAAAAUGGAGUCAUAGAUACUAAGCGGAGGAGAAGAGCUCUUCAAGCUCAAUAAUUACCCACAAGAUCGUUGGUUUUCAAAGAAUU